CAGUUGGUAUACGCGGCAGUUCGGAGUAUGGAGUUUGUGUGAAUCGCCGUCGUGUAGUCGCCGAGAGGUUCGACCGAGUAGAGUUCACGCCUGUGAUCUGUGUGAUGUGUUCGUAGCGCGUCGCGACGAAUCAUUUCCUGGCGAGAAAGAGAGAGAGAGGCGUGUUGAGACUGACCCCGUUGAUUGGCAAAAAUGGAAUCGAGGAUUAUCGUCCUGGGCCUGUUCGUGCUCUUCGUCGCGAUGGCGACGACGUCGGACACCAAGGAGCGGAAGAGGAAAUCGUGGAAAGACAAGGAUAUACGGGACAUGACGGACGCCGACCUGGAAAACCUGCUGGAUCAGUGGGAAGAAAACGACGAAACGAACGAACCCCUGGAGCCGGACGAGUUGCCGGAGCACUUGCGGCCUGCCCCAAAGAUAGACAUAUCCAAGAUAGACAUAAGAAAGCCAGAUGGUAUACUGGCUCUGAAGAAGGGGAAGAGCAUCAUGAUGUUCAUAGAUCUUAAUUCAAACGUCUCGGAGGAGGAAGCCAAUAUCGCGACCGGUAUCUGGCAGACCGGCCUACAGAACAAUCAUAUCAUCGCGGAAAGGUAUCCGAUUGAAAAUAAACGUUAUAUAUUCAUGUUCCACGAUGGAUCUCAGGCUAUUGAGGGCAAGAAUUUUUUCCUGCAGCAACCUGAAGUCGCUCACGUCACUGUCGAAGGCCAAACAUUUUACCCGCCGCAGAAGGACGGACAACAUUCCAUACCCGCCGACAAGCCAAAGGCCAAGGAAAGGACAGAAGAGUUGUAAUCUCCCCUGGCGCGCGCCACUGCAUUUCCGAAACAUUUUCCAUUAACUUGUCCUUGUACAAAAAAACAAGCAUUCUUUCGAGGAAUAUAUAUUUUUUUUUCUUCAUUUAUAAUGAAUUGUUUUCAGUCGAGUGUGUUAAGUUUAUACUGUGCGUUUAUUAGUUUGUACAAUAAAUAAACUAUCUUGAAUACGCUAUCUA